GUGCCACCAGGGAAGCCCUGACUGCAAGUUUAGAAAGGUCCCGCAGAGAAGAUGAGGAUGGAAGGGCAUACGGAGGUCAGCAGAGUGGGGUCAAAGGGGUGGAAGCCCCCUGUGAAGGAGUGGCGAGGUCAUGAGGAAGGAGGAAGGUUAUGGGGCAUGAGGGUGGCUGCAGUUCCAGGUAGAAAGAGUGGCAGGUAGGGUUGUUGGGUUUGAAGUGGCCAGUGGUGUUGAGGCAGAUGCCUGCUGUACUGGAGAUUGUGAAGACAUAGAACGGUUAAGAGGAAAACUCAAUUUCACAACAUGUAUUCAGUGCCCUUUUGAACUAGCCAUUGAGUCGGGUGCGGGGAGAGCAAAGAUGAGUGCCUGCCUCAGAACUCAGAGUCUGGCCGGGGAGGGGAGGAUGAAAGCGAUCUGUACUGGAUGUGAGCCCCAGGCACCUGUAGCAGGCCGUUAGUUAUGGGAGAGACUGGCCCCUAGAGGAGAGGAGGAACUUCCAGCAGAGCCACUGUGAGUGGGACGUGGGGAGGAGACACAGAAGAGGAAUUUCAAGCUAAGCGACAAGAGGCGUGUGCACCUAAAGGAACCCAGUGCAUGGGGGAGCAAUCUGCUCUUUCUAGGACAUGGACACAUGCAGCAGAGUAACUUGGCUAGAGGUCAGGAGGCAGUGUCUAUGAACCAGAUAGAAACGUGUUACGGAGGAAAGAACGAGAAAGAAGAAAUCAGGAAACUCAGCAGGAUGAUGGCGCGUUUAAUUCAAGUUACUCCCUCUUUAGUGAACCCUACAAGACUAACAAGGGGGAUGAGCUCUCCAACCGGCUCCAGAACACUUUAGGCAAUUAUGAUGAAAUGAAAGACUUCUUAACGGAUAGAUCGAAUCAGAGUCAUCUCGUUGGCGUUCCCAAACCUGGGGUUCCUCAGGCUCCCGUGAACAAGAUUGACGAGCAUUUUGUUGCAGAUUCGAGAGCCCAGACCCAGCCUGCAUCCGUCUGCAGCACCACAUCCUCCACCCCAGCAGUGGUCCCUGGGCAGCAGAGUAAGAGGGGCACCGUGGGCUGGCAGAAGGCCGGGCACCCACCGUCCGAUGGCCAACAGAGAGCAACACAACAGGGCUCUCUCAGGACCUUGCUCGGAGAUGGUGUUGGCAGACAGCAGCCGCGGGCCAAACAGGUGUGCAACGUCGAGGUGGGUCUUCAGACCCAGGACAGGCCACCUGCUAUGGGAGCCAAGCACAGCGGCAGUGGCCACUGUGUUCAGAACUUUCCUCCAUCCCUGGCUUCAAAGCCUAGCCUCGUCCAGCAGAAACCGACCGCCUAUGUGCGGCCGAUGGAUGGCCAAGAUCAGGCUCCCAAUGAGUCUCCGAAGCUGAAGUCGUCCACAGAGACCAGCGUGCACUGUGCGUCAUACAGGGGAGCCUCAGCCGCGAAGCCAGAGUCUGCCAGAACCAAGGCCAAGCUUGCCAAGUUCAGCAUCCCCAAACAAGGAGAGGAGAGUAGAUCUGGAGAAACCAACAGCUGUGUUGAAGAAAUAAUUCGGGAGAUGACCUGGCUUCCACCACUUUCAGCUAUUCCAGCACCUGGAAAAGUGGAACCGAGCAAAUUUCCAUUUCCAAAUAAGGACUCUCAGCUCACUUCCUCGGGACACAGUAAUCCAAAGAAAGGUGAUGCUGAGCCAGGGAGUCCAGACAAUGGCACAUCGAAUACAUCCUCUCUGGGAUGGUUAUCCCCAUUUACUGAUAAGGGAAAUGAUGCACUGAGAGGAAUGCUAGAAGAUGACCUUAAGCUAAGUAGCGAUGAAGAGGAGAAUGAACAGCAGGCAGCCCAGAGAACGGCUCUCCACGCUCUGUCUGACAGUGCCGGCCUCCCGCAGGCCAACUGCAGGGCCUCCGUGCCCUCCAGCAAGGGCAGCAGCAGCGGCAGCAGCAGCAGCGGCAGCAGUUCCUCCAGCGACUCGGAGAGCAGCUCAGGAUCUGACUCAGAGACCGAGAGCAGCUCCAGCGAGAGUGAGGGCAGCAAGCCUCCCCACUACUCCAGCCCUGAGGCCGAACCAGCGUCCUCUAACAAGUGGCAGCUGGAUAAAUGGCUAAACAAAGUUAAUCCCCACAAGCCUCCUAUCCUGAUCCAAAAUGAAAGCCACGGGCCGGAGGGCAAUCAAUACUACACCCCGGUGAAGGACGAAGCGCCAGACUGCGGGAAGCUUCCCGACAACGUCUGCCCGACCAGCCUGAGAGACAAGGACAUCAAGAGCGCCUGCAAGGAGGAGCAGAGGCCGAGGACCGCGAACAAGGCCCCGGGGAGCAAAGGGGUGAAGCAGAAGUCCCCGCCCGCGGCCGUGGCCGUGGCCGUGACCGCCGCCGCCCCGCCGCCCACGGUGGCCGGUGCGCCCGCCGAGAGCGCGCCUGCGCCUGCCCGGAGGUCCGCGGGCAAGAAACCCACGCGGCGCACCGAGAGGACCUCCGCCGGCGACAAUGGCCACCGGCCCGAGGAGCCCGCAGCCGCGGACGCGCUGGGGGCGAGCGCGGGGAUCCCCCCGGAGCCCCCCAAGCCCCGGCCCUGCGGCAACAGUAGGACCAGCCACCGCAAGGAGCUGCGCUCGGCCGUAACCGGCGAGAAACGCCGCACGCGGGGGCUGAGCCGGAUCGUCCCCAAAUCCAAGGAGUUCAUCGAGACCGAGUCGUCCUCGUCGUCCUCCUCCGCGGACUCGGACCUGGAGUCGGAGCAAGAGGACUACCCUCUGUCCAAGGCCACUGCCGCCUCCGGGAACGACCCGAGGCUGAAGGAGGCUGCCAGCAGCAUCAGCGGUGGCGGCCCACGGGCCCCUGUGGGCUCUAUCAACGCCAGGACCACCAGCGACAUUGCCAAGGAGCUGGAAGAGCAGUUCUACACAUUGGUCCCCUUCGGCCGCAAUGAACUUCUCUCCCCGUUGAAGGACAGUGACGAGGUCAGGUCACUCUGGGUCAAAAUUGACCUGACCCUCCUGUCCAGGAUCCCAGAACACCUGCCCCAGGAGCCGGGGGUCUUGAGCGCUCCCGCGGCCAAGGACACUGAAAGCGCCCCGCCGAACCACGCAUCCGAUGCGCCCGCAGAAAAGGCUUUGCCAAAAUCCAAGAGGAAACGCAAGUGUGACAGCGAAGAUGACUGCCGGGAGAUCAGGAAGGCUCAGGGAGAGAAGGAGAGCUCUUCACGACUCACUGCGUCCGCCAGCAGUACUUUGUCCGCAAACCAUUGCAACGUGAACGUCAACAGCUUGGCAAUCCCAAUAAAUAAAAAUGAAAAAAUGCUCCGCUCACCCACCUCACCCCUCUCCGACGCAUCUAAACACAAAUACCCCGGCGAGGACCUGACUUCCCCCAGCAGAUCCAACAGCAAUGGUUUGUUCACCUCCGCCUCGUCCAACAAAAAGCAUAAGGCUGAGAACCAGCUACAGACCCGUGGUGGAGACCUCACGAAAGCAGCUCACAGCAAUUCCGAAAACGUUCUCCACAAGUCACGGCCACAGACAGAGCCAUGGUCUCCAGGCUCCAACGGCCACAGGGACUGCAAGAGGCAGAAACUCAUCUUCGAUGACAUGCCACGCAGUGCAGAUUAUUUUAUGCAAGAAGCUAAGCGAAUGAAGCAUAAAGCAGAUGCAAUGGUGGAAAAGUUUGGAAAGGCUCUGAACUAUGCUGAAGCAGCCUUGUCAUUCAUUGAGUGUGGAAAUGCAAUGGAGCAGGGCCCAAUGGAAUCCAAAUCUCCUUAUACAAUGUAUUCAGAAACAGUUGAGCUCAUCAGGUAUGCUAUGAGACUAAAAACCCACUCAGGCCCCAAUGCCACACCAGAGGAUAAACAGCUGGCUGCAUUAUGUUACCGAUGCCUGGCUCUCCUGUACUGGCGGAUGUUUCGACUCAAAAGGGAUCACGCUGUAAAGUAUUCAAAAGCACUUAUCGACUAUUUCAAGAAUUCAUCUAAAGCUGCCCAAGCCCCAUCUCCAUGGGGGGCCAGUGGAAAGAGCACUGGCACCCCAUCCCCCAUGUCUCCCAACCCCUCCCCCACCAGCUCCGUGGGAUCUCAGGGGAGCCUCUCCAAUGGGAACGCCCUGUCCCCAUCAACCAUCGUCAGCAUCCCACAGCGCAUCCACCAGAUGGCAGCCAACCACGUCAGCAUCACCAACAGCAUUCUCCACAGCUAUGACUACUGGGAGAUGGCGGACAACCUGGCCAAGGAGAACAGAGAAUUCUUCAAUGACCUGGACCUGCUCAUGGGGCCAGUCACCCUGCACAGCAGCAUGGAGCACCUGGUCCAGUACUCCCAGCAGGGCCUGCACUGGCUGCGGAACAGCACCCACCUGACAUAGGGGCCCCGCCUUCGGGCUGGAGGGCACUCUUGUCUUCACGGACGGCUCAACAUUUCUGGACACUGUGCUCCUGAAGUUCCCAGCCACAGCAUUUCUCAAACGGCGGUGAAUAUUUUCUCAGCAUCGAACAAUGGUCUUUUCUCCCAGGGCAUGUGUGUUUGUAUGUGUGGGUGUAGAAAAGCUGCCUGUGUAAGUGUGUGAGAUACACAGCUCUUUAGAACACGUUUCCUUUGUCUAGUUUCCAUAAUCCCAGGCUAGACAAAGUGAUCAGACGUUUCUGAUUAGAGAAAACACGCUUACACACACACACACACACACACACACACACACAUACAUACAUACACAUACACACACACACACACACUUUCUAGUUCAAAGCUAAACCAUGACUUCUUAGAACAUUCAACGAAAAUCUCAUGGGUUAGUGAACCAGGUGCAAUACAGCACACCAAAAGCUUUUUGACUGCCACUUAAGAUCAUCUUAGUUCUUAUACUUUUGAUUACUUUCAAUAUUAAUAUACUCUCCCCCAGUUAUUAUUUUUUUGACUGUGUGUAUUCAUGGGUAAUUGAAUAAUGAAAAUAAGUCAGUUAUUUUUGUGGACGUUUACUAGAUUGCAUGUUACCAAAUACCCUGCCUUUUGUCUAGUACCUGCCCCUUCCAGCCAACUUUACUGUCAACUAAACGUGUUAGAAAGCAAGUGAAUUGACUCCCACGGGCCUUCCCUGCCCUGCCCCGCAAAAUAGUAUGACCGUGACACUGAGAUUUGGUAAAACUUCAGUGUCUUUGAAAAUUCACCAACAUGAAAGCAGCAACAACUGCUUUGCGGGGGCUCAGUGAGUAAUUGAAAUCUCCUGCACACGCCAGGAGCCCGCCCGGCACAUGUGUUUCUUCUUCCUGCCACUGUGACCCAGGGGCUGUGGAGCCACGUGGUGUCUGUCGGCCGAUAUUUUUCAAGUGUUUUCUUUCCAUGAUAGCUUUCUUACCAGUUGUCUUGGCCAGAUGAGGACAUUACCUAGGAUGUCCGUUCACUUGGGUCUGUAUCUGUUGCUUCUCAGGCCAAAAACUAUUUGCUAUCAUGAUUCUAUCGAAUCCUCUCACUCUUGGGGAAAGUGCCACUGCGGGCCUUGAAUGCGUUUUGAUCUGGGCGAUGUGUUUCAGGCUUUGAUUAGCAAGCUGCUACAGAAUAAGUUAUUCCUGCAAGGAUCGCAGUCCUGUCUGGGGUAGCAACGACCAGUCUGGUAUGUUUCCGGCUCGCCCUUGAUUCUUUUCUUUCUUUUUUUUUUUAAUUAAGUUUACAUUUUAGUUUUUUUGACAUCUUUGUUUACAGUUUUUGUCUGAAAUUUAUUUCUUUUAUUGUCUCUCGUCAUACCCUAGAUUUGAUCUUCUUAAAUAUAUUUGGAUAUAAAAAUAUUGGUUAAAAAAAAAAAAAAGAAAAACUCCUGGAAAAGAGGAUAUACUUCCUAUACUUUAAAAACAAAAACAAUGACCUUGAGGCCUCUCACUUGACAAAAUUGUCCCAAGACGGCCUGAGAAAGGUGAUGUGAUAUGUGGAACAAUCCAUUUCUCAAGGUUAUGGGAACACAAAACGUUUAUAACAGAUACUGAUGGUCUUAUUGGUUUGGUUGCAAUGUUAAUGUCUUUGUCAGCCUGAUCUGUAGGUGGGAAAUAAGAUUGCUGUCAUCCCCUAGCUCUAAGCACUGAUUUAAAACCUUACAAAUGAUUGAGUAGCUUUGGUGAUUUGAAAUUCAUUUAAAUGAACAAGUGAAGGCUUUGCGCAAUUUGCAUUUGGCGUUGGCCUUCAAGCGUCCGGAAAUAUUAACAGUACUUCUUUUUUACAUUUAUUCAACUGAGGUGCUUCUGACAUUCCUUUCACUAAUUGUUGCUAGAGUUCCCAAUCCCACUGGAGUCUCACUUAAGACAUUUUGAAUUUUUUUUUUUUUUUUUUUUUCUGGAAGCCUGAGGCUUAGUUGUACUCACUCCUGCUGAAUUCUGAUGAAAUGUUCAGACUCUCACAAAAAGGGAUGGCCCCCAGGGUCCAUGGUGCAUCCCUGGGGUGCUUUUCUGGUCUUCCCCACCUUUCAAGUCUCAGGCCUCGUGGUGGUGUUCAUGUGAUGUGCUCACCUGUGAAACCCAUUUAAACACACAGGUGACCUCUGGCCAGUUGUGCAAGCAGCACCACAUCAGCGCUCGGUGAGCCGCGUUUCCAGCAAAACGUGAAGCUGGUCAUUUGGGGGCCGUCACAGCACGCCAUUCUCAGUGUCUUUUGUUUCAUUGGUAGAGCAUGUCGGGGGCAGUGGUGGCAGUGGUUUUUCCUUGCUUUGGCAUUGAUGCUUUUGAUAAGGAAGCAUCUUCUCAUCGUUGCUGGUUUCUUUUAGUUAGCUUUGUUCAAAGUAGAAAUAUCUUUCUUGUGUUUUCUGGUUAUGAAAGUAAUACAUGCUCAUGGUAGAAACUUGAACAAUACAGAGAAGUAUAAAGUAGGAAGUAUUCAGUCCCAUUCCCCAGAGACAACACUGCUCAUCCUUUUCCUGUAUAUCCUUCUAGAGAGUCUCCCAUUUGAACGUAGAAUGUCUAUCAUCAUUUUUUUCUAUUUGAAGACAUUAUUUCAUCAGAAGUUCAGUACAAGUUCAACUGGCCUUAUCCCUCCAUGACCUGAACGGACCUGGAUCACAAUUGUUAGAGUUAUCUUUGAAAGAGAGGAACCCAAAUGUAUUCCUGAUCAAAAUGUGGGAUUUGUUACCAUUCGACACAGAUCAGACUAACGUGCAGAAUUGUGCUUGGAAAGAGAGGUUCAGUUAAAACACAUUGCUGGAAACUUUCAAAUCACAAAGGGAAACUCGGACCCACUGUCUAAAGAGGAAUGUACUGGAAAAAAAAAUCUGAAGAGCUGACAAAUUGUGUACUAGAUUGAAAACAUGGAAUCAAUGCAAUGAGCCUUCUGCACUAAAACGUACCCUCGUAUGUGCAACAAUGAUGUGUGUAUUAUAUAACAGUGAUGUGUACAUUUCUGACAUCCCAUACAUAAUACACAGUUUGUAUAAAUGCAUACGUUUAAAAAUAUAUAUGUACAAUACAGCUAACAUAAAACUGUAGUACGCCUGAAGGAUAUGACUGGUGCCUAAUAUUGAGUAUAAGUCACUACGUGUUCAAAUCACCUCAGAAGUGCAGUAAUUGUUAUCAGAUUAAUCAGUGCAGCCAACCUUAUUUAUGAACCACAUCUUUGAAACUGUGCAGUAGUAUAUACAUAUAUAUUUUUAAAUAACAUUUUUCACAGUUUUCCAGAGUUACUGUUGAAAUCUGUAUCACCAAAAAAAAAAAAAAAAAAAAGCAAGAUUUUUUUAAAUGAUGUAGACACUCUUCAGACCCAGUAAUCUGUGUGUGAUUUCCUGUCUGUAGAUACCCAAGACACUCUAGCAGUCACCAGCCUUAAUGCAUGUACAGGAUAUUAUUGUGACUUAAUUUAUCUGCAGUUUUUAAUCCAUGUGAAAUGGGAAUUUAUAAACUGACUUGGAUUAACUAUGUCUGCCUUUCUAAGGUUGCAAAUGUUACAUUAAAUGAUUUAUGUUAUAAA